UACGAAGAUGUUCAAUCAAUGAAUUAAUGUGUGGUCAUUAUGUUUGUCUAACAGUUGAUUCAGUUGAUAACAAAUCAUCGAAAGCUUUCCAGGGUUGAAAUGUUGACGAUACAAGUCUUUGGUUUAAUGAUACUUUUCACUGUCACUAUUGAUGGUGAUACAAUUGGUGACCAACAAUUGUCUAUCAAAGGGUCAAUCCUUAAAGACAUCUGUUUCUCAACUCAGAAUCUGUUAAGUGAACGGCAAAAUGAGACUGAUGUAAAAUCAAUUUUGAUACAUCAACUGAGUUCAUCAUUGAAAUACGAGACAACAGUUGAACCAAAACACAAUCAAGUUUCCAAAGAAGCUGUCAUGGCUGGCUUUUCGAAUGUCCUUUUUCAUGAUUUGGUUAACUUUAUAUUUAAUGUUGCUUCAUCUUCUGUAAAAGCUCGAUCAGGUGAACGGAUGAAUCGAUUAAAUUAUCCACCACUGACCAAGAAACCUGACGAUUGUCCUUCAUUCUGUUCAAUCAUCCAAUUUCCCCCCACAGUCAACAUUACAUCUCUAUCAACACCAAUACUGGUCACUGUUGAUACUUCGGCCUUUAUUCAGACCCUUGUUUGUCAUGGGCUCAAUUCAGCGUCCAAAGGCAAGAAUAAACAAUAAUGUCAAUAAAAUAAUCACUACAUUUUAUGAUUGAUCCAAUUAAUCGUUGUAAUGUCAGUUGAAAUAAACAUUUAAUUCCUGAACC